AUGAGUCUUCAGUAGUAUUGUGCGCGCAGUAGGGGAACACGUUUUCCGCACGGCUGGCGCGCCCGCCAACCAUAACAUUGCACAUUGUUAUGUGAAUACCGUAGCUAUUGUAAUCAAAACAGCAAGAUGCCAGCGGAUAUAAUGUCAAAUACAUGUCGCAGUGAUAAUUUCGGAAAAACUUUUGUAAAAAAAAGUACCGAAAGUGAAGUAAAGUCUGGUUUUUUGGUGCUUUUGGGACCCGGCGGGAUGCGCCAGGAUGUGAGAGUAGUCGUGUACAGAACCUCGUUGGAGCAUUUCGCCGUGAUUUAUCCUAGGAAGAGGGUGACGAAGCCGAUCGGUGUGGUGAACUUGAGGAACACGGCCGUGGAGCAAGCGGAGUCAAACAGCGGCUUCAUUGUCCGACAGAAAGGCUAUGACAACACAAUCUCCGCGAAGUUUGUGUGCUCCGAGCGCGAGGUGGAGGCCUGGAUGUCGGCGUUCACGUCGCGAGCGUCGCCACACUGCGUGCACGCUAGUCUCCCGGUCCUGGUGGAAACAGAGGAGAGCUAAGCAAAUACAAGAUUAUCCAACCGCUAUGGUCUGAUUUAUCUUCCUAAUUUUGACGCGUCACGUCAAAACGAGGUUAUGUUUGUUUUGCAAUGGGAUGCGAAAGUGAAAGUUGCGUUUUUUGCAAACGCUCGAAAGUGUGUUGGCUG